AUGGUAGAUUUUUAUAAAGAUAAUGAAAACAAAACGUGUUUAAACUCAGAUAAUACGAGGUUUCAAGGUAAAGUUAAGCUAGACGAUGUAAUCAAGGAACAAGAACUAAGAGGUAAGGAAAUACAGGGGGGAUAUCAUAAGAUAUAUAAAGAUAUUGAAGAAUCCCGUGGUAAAAUGGAUGAGAGUAUUAAUGAAGAGAGUGAUACACCAGAACAAUUCUGCAACCAGAUCUUUGACUUUUUUGAAGAUGCUUUUGAUAAAGAAAAUAUGAAAGAUGAAAAGGAGUAUCAAAAAAUUAAGGCAGUAAUCUUUAUUCAAGAAAGAAAACGAGAUCGUCUUUUAUCAAUGCUUGAGUUUAUCAUAUCGCUACUGAAAAAACUUUUUAGUGUGGGAUCGAGUUUGAACUUGCAAGAAAGGCUAAAAAAAGAAAUAGAGGAUUUAGAAAAAGAAUUACUAGACGAGAAUUUAUCUCCAGAAAAGAGGAUAAGCAAACUUGAACGGUUGAAUUUGCUGAAGUUUGUAAAUCUUUUUGGGCCAUUGAAUUUUAUGAGCAUGACAAUUAAAGCACUCACUAUUUUUGUAGUACUUGAUGCCACUUCGCUAGUUAGCGAAGGGUUUAUAAAAGAACUAUUGGCGGGAGAAAAGCUUGUUCUGCUGGAAAAUAGAGUAAUAAGAGAAAAAAUCACCGAUAAAUUCAUUAUGAGCAUUGUCAAUAUAUUAAGUGGUGUUGCGCCAUUGGCUCAAAGCAUAGGAGCAUUGUUCAGCAUAUCUAUUAUUGAAAGUGUGACUGCUGGUGUUAAGACCGACGCGGGAAUUGUAGACGCAAGGAUGCUAUAUCUUCUACCUCCUGUAAUUCACGGACCAGAUUUGCCAAAAUUAGCGGCAGCAGAAAGAGAAGUGCAAGCAAAUCUAGUGGAGGGGUCAAAGCAAGAUCCUCCUCACGCUAAGCCAGAACCUGAGGUUACGCAAAAAUCUGAAAAGAGAUCAUCGCGUAAAAAAGACAAAGAUGUGAUCGGUAUAAAAGAAAUAGGAACAGAACCUCGAGCAAGUCAGUCAAAUGUUUGUGAGCCAUUUAGUGCUAUACAGGAGACCCAGCUUGAACAGUAUCGAUUUGAGCAGAGCCAGGGACGCGGUUUCAAUUAG